ACAUUUUUUUUCGCAAGCCGUUGCUGGUUUUGGCCUCACUACCGCCUACGGAAAUUUUGUGGUUAAAUAAAAAAUCAAAGUAAAAAAUUGCAAUGUUAAUUGCAGAACCUUUAAUAACCGUUUGUAUAAGCUGGAAUUGUUAAAAUCCAUACAUAUGUGACUAGUGACUCGAUUAUUGUACUAAGUUUAAAGUUUGUGUACUAACUACAUAUACCAGUAGUUUGAAAUUUUUACUUUCAUACAUACAUAUAUUCUAUAAUUGGCUAUUGACGAAAAAUAAAACAAAAUUUAAACCAUUUUUUGUAUGGAAAUAAGAUUGUGUCGUAAGUGCAUUGGAGGUUCCGAGCUAAAAUAUGCGAAGAGCCCCAUAGAAAAUCAUGUGAAAAAUCGAUUGGAAAGUUUAGACUGGAAAUAUGUGUGAAACAACAUCGUUCCAAUAUAUGGAAUAUAACGCUGUGAAUUGUUUGCUUGAAUCUUUUAGUGCAAAAUGUCAAAGUUUGACAAUCGCCGCCACUAAAUGACAUCAGUAAGAAAAACUCCGUAAAUAUUUGCAACAAUUGCAAAUACGCAGAAACUAGUAAAGAAUAAAAACGGUGAAUGGUGGGAAUGCAGGUACGGAGGUGAGGACCAAAGGCGAAUAAAUGUGGAAGAGCGAGGUGAAAAUUUAUACAGACGUUCCCAGUUCCUGAGAGUGACGUUUUCGAAAUAAUGGAAUCAAAUCCCAAUGGGAUAAAAAUAGAGCCUACACUUGAACAGCAGCAGCAUUCACAGUACGCUACACAUCUACUCGCAUUGAAUGGACACAAUGCACGGCUUCUCAUCGAGCACCCUUCAACGUUGCUGGUGCCCUUGUCUCAUCAACAGCAACAACAGCAGCACCAACAGCAGCAGCAGCAACAACAACAGCAUCAGUUACAUCAGCAACAUCAACAGCACCACUUUCAACAGCACGACCAGCAAUUGCAACAACAGCAACUACAGUUAAGCUCAUUACCAGGGUAUCCGCAACCGCUUUCUCUAAAGCAACAGCCCGCCUCAACCCCGGUUCCUGCAGGUGUAACCACAACACACGGUCCAACAUCAGUUACAUCGUCUACUUCCUCACGUACAGCUGCACAACGCUGGAACGAAAGCCCUGAAGCCCGCGCUCGUCGCCUGGCACGCAAUGCUGAAAGGAUGCGUGAAAGGCGUAACCGUGAAAGUGAAGAUGAGUACCGCAAGCGUCUCUCAAGGAACGCUGAAGCGAAUCGUCUUCGCCGCCAAAAUGAGUCGGAUAUGGAGAGAGCAAUGCGCUUGGUGCGCAACGCAGCUAGGCAGAGACUUCGUAGAGCAAUGGAGUCACCAGAACAGCGGGCUAAACGUCUUCAGAAGCUUGCUGAACGUAUGCGCCUCUACCGCGCAAAUGAGACGCCAGAUCAGCGAAAAGUACGUUUGGCAGAAAUGGCAGCUCGCGCACGUCAGCGUAUUGCAAAUGAAACUCCAGAGCAACGGAAGGACAGACUGAGGAAGUUAAACGAUUAUGCAAAAAAGGUCAGAGAAACUAAGAAAAAAUCCAAGCAGGGGCAAAGUGAGAAUUCGCAGAAUUCGAGCCAAUUGCAAAGUACUGCUGCCAGUUCCACUAAUGAAAAUAUCAAUUUGAACCAGGCAGCCCCGCAAUCAACAGUCGCAACAAACAGCAACCUAGACCAACAACAACCACAGCAAUCCAAUGACGAACAACUAGCAUCUUAUCAACCACAGCAGACGGCGUUAACCAAUCCCAUAGAGUACUAUCAAAAUAUGUUCAUGAGUCCGGCAACUUUGAGACCCGCUUUACUUAAACAGGAGCAACUGACAGCACAGCAGCAACAACUGACGAUGCAGCAAGGACGUUUCACACACCAACAGCAGCAGCAACAAACAAUACUAGAUUCUGAAUCAAAUAGCAUGUUCCCUCAACAACUGUAUGACAACGAUCAGAAACCUUCAGGAGCAACUGGUAACGGCACUUCAACAACGUCAUCUAAGUUGCCACAAGCGCAUGUACCACAAUUCAGCACAAUAGCCAGCUCCCUUGAAUUUUAUCAAAACAAGUAUAUGAAGAAGCAGGACCUUCAGACGAAUUCAACAAAUAACAGCGGGUCUGUUGCUGGAAGCAAUUUGCAGAACGAUUCCAAGGUGAUCGUAGCAUCAACGUCCAACAGUGAGAAUCCGAAAAUAAAAAGUUCACAUUCUCAAAUUCAGAACCCUCCUACUCCGCUAUAUAAUCAAUUUCUUUAUUUAGCUAAUUUUUCAGCAACCGCAUCAAACACUGGAUCAACCGUUGUGACUUCACCAUCUAGCACUCCCACCCAAGCCACCUACUAUCCUAUGUACCACAAUGGAUUUCAACUAAGUAUUCCACCGAAUACAGUGCCACCACCAUUUACACCUGUGCAUUUUACCAGUACGACCAACUCUGGCACAUCCCCUUCGUCGGGACAAGUUACACAGUCUGCAGUUGGCGGAGCUUAUAAUUUGCUUGCGAACACAUCAAUAACUGCUGCUGCAGCUGUAGCAGCUGUCGCUUCAUCCGCUACACAACAACAAGUUAUACAGGAUUUUCCAAAACCGGUCCGCGGUCGCCCUAGAAAGAUCAUCUUUUCAAACACAGGCACAGCCAACAACGCCACUACCAUGAGCAACACGGGAGACUCAAAAAACGGCAUUUAUCUGCUGCCUACAGGGUCCACUGAAUCAACGGAGGACGCUCUACGACAACAAAAGGUGAGCGCCUUGCUUGAGCAAGAAAUUAAUCAAAUGCUCGCUUCACCACAGCAGACUCAGCGCCGCGGACGUGGUCAACAACAUUCCUCGCCCACAGGCUCGACCCGAAGCACCGGGCAUAAAUAUGAAACUGACGAAGACAAGCGUAGACGAUUGGAUAAAAUGGCAGCACACCAAAGGGAGGUAAGGGCGAAUGAGACUCCCGAGCAGCGAGCAGUCCGCUUAGCUAAGUUAUGCGAAAGGGCUCGUCUGAAACGUGCGGAAAUAAGAUCUACAGAAUCGCCAGAAGAGCGGAAAACACGUUUAUCCAAGCAAGCCGAGUACGCACGAAUGCGUCGUCUACGAACUCAUUCUCGCCGCCGCACUGAAGAUAGAGCUCGCGAACUUUACGAGGAACUUAAGAAGGAUGUUGAUAUAUCUAGCGAUGGUAAUGAAUCCACUGCUAACAGUAAACUGCAGGUACAAGAACAACAGCAGGAAAUACUUCAACAGCAACAACAACAACAACAACAGCAGCAACAACAACAGCAACAACAACCGCAGCAGCACCAGCAGCAGAUGUUGCAUGCUAAUGAAUCCUCGAAUUUGGUGACAGCACAACUUCAACAGCAGCAGCAGCAACAGCGUUUUUUAGCUUUAGCCAGUUCGCAAGGACCUCAGCAGCCAGAUCAACAGCAGAACCAACAACAACAAAUGUCAGCCUCUAACAACCCCUCUUACGGCAAACCGCCGUGCAAGGAAUAUAGUACACAGCCUGAAAAUAACGAUAUGCUUAAGAUCCUCGAGCCUAUCAUCGUAAUGAAAACAAAAUAAAGCUAUCUUUUAAUACAAAAUUAGCGAGUACACAAUAAAACAUAAAAUACACAAAAAUCUAUUAAAUAAAUCACAGUUUAUGAUAAAUACACCUCCGCAUAAACACGUUGACGAAGUCCACGGUUAAAAGUUCAUAUGCCAACACGUGGUAACUUGAAUUAUAAUAAAUCAGUGAAAUCACCACAAAAUGCUAGCAAACAGUAAUUAACAUAAAAUUCUUUAUAGAAAUUUGAGGAAAACCGUAGCAGUAGCAAUUGGAAUGAUAACAAAUUUGAUUAACUAUGCCUAUGAAGGGUAAUUGCAUACAUAAAUAUAUACACAAAUACAUCAUAUAUGUAAGUAUGUUUGCAGUAUACCAUAUACUACGUGCAUACAUAAAUAUGUAUGGUAAAUUUAUAUAAACUAGUAACACUCAAUGUAUGUAGAGCUCGCGUAAACAUAAUAUUACUAUGUAAUAAGUAUAAUAAUGAUCAUGGUAAAGUAAAGAAUAAAGUCAAUAAUUUUUUUAAAGUA